CCCUUCACAUAAAUAUUAUCGUGUACAGCGUGGCACGCUCGAUCAGCUUCUGCGCCGUCUUACUCCUCAGAGCAGCCAAUCUUUACUUCCUAGUCUACAACGUACAAUCGAUUCGAUAUCGGUUACAGGUCCUCGUGAUCCGAGUCCUGUAUGUCAGUAUGGACUGUUUUCUUAUCAGCGGAGUUAUAACACGACGCGGUCAUACUGACAGGUUCUUUAUGUAAGACACGGGUUUGUUGAAAUAUCGGUUGGUGUUAUCACUUUCUGGGGGAAAUAACAGCCUUUCUUAGUCGUUCACAUCAGUGUACUGUGAUGUGAGAACAGUGAUGGAUGUUUGGAUUUGAAAUAGUUUGCUGAACACAUUGGCAGGGCGUGUAUUAAAGCUGAAUGAUGGCACAAGCUAUUGACGAUUUUACGGUUCUGCCGAAUCCAACGUUUGACGAAAUUCUGGGAAUUCUGGGACACCGAUUUCGACAAGAUACAAUCUACACAUUUAUUGGAGACAUUCUCGUUUCUGUAAAUCCAAAUAAGGAGCUUCCAAUAUAUGGACCGCAAGUGGGCAGGGACUAUGUGUCCGCACUGCAGCCGGGUCACAACGAUCUACCUCCGCAUGUCUUCUAUGUCGUCAACAGCAUUGUGACGUCACUCUUACGUCACCAGACACCACAAUGUGUCCUUCUUACGGGAGAGUCAGGAGCAGGAAAGACGGAGGCGGUGAAGAUGCUGGUCUCACAGAUGUUGAGAGAAACUGAAGCGAAAAAGACGUGUCAGGGGCGAAAUGAUUCAUCAUCCACUGCCAAAAACAUUCUAGAGGUUAGCUUCUUUUCUUGUACCUAGACCAACAUGCCUAAAUGCACCGCCAAAUACAUUCUAGAGGUUAGCUACUUGUACAUAGAUCCACAAGCAAAACAUUCUAGAGGUUAGCUAACUAUUUGUACCUAGAUCCACAACAUUCUAGAGGUUAGCUACUUAUACAUGUAUCCAAAGGCACACACUUUUAGACGUUGGCUGCUUGGUUGCUUAUCCACAACCAAAAAUAGUCUAGAGGUUAG